UCUGCUUCUGCCCCCACCAAUUCCCAGUUCCCAGUUUCCAACUCCGCCGCCGACUCCGCCCCACGCCGCCGAAGUAAGCCGGCCGCCUCGGGCAACCCUGCGCUCGCGGUAGUUGUCGUCGUCCGCCUCCUCCCGCGCCCUCUACUACACUGGGUUUGCGCGGGAACGGCGGGCGCAUCCGGGCACGGCAUUGAUCGAUUCCUUCCGUUCGUACUUGGUGGUAAGGAACCCUAACUUGCUCGGAUGAAUUUUUGCGGGAAUUUCCUCUUUUGCUUUGGGUUGUUUUUGCUGCGCCGGGAAGCCAAACCCGAAGCUUUAUUCAGUCCAUGAGUUAGUAGCCGAAUUUUUUGCUGCCUGGUGGGGGUAGAUGGUCUGAUCAUCCGUCCAUUCGUGGUUCUGGUGCGGUUUGAUAGGCUCUUCUGCUUCAUCAGCGCGCGCGGGAUCGAUCGGUCCCGAUUCCAGUCAGAGUACUGAGAACCCUUGGUGGGGGUAAAGUUUAUUUUGCGAAAAUGUUGGAGGUUCAACUAAACCCUCGUGCCCCACGACAAAAACCCGCUCCUGUUAAUCGCAGCUCAAUUUCGAGUGCUACCAGUUUUCUAGGAAUUGCGAUUCCUUUGAAUGUAGGUUGAGUUGCUCCUCUUGUGUAAGACUAUGGACCCAAACUGCAAAGGAAAGCCCAAUCUUGUGCGUAUUUAUGGGUUUUCUUAAGAUUUAUCACGCAGUUAUUCUGUUUUAAAUUAUAGGUUGAAAUGGAAAGAGGAUCUAUGCGAUCGUUAAUCUUGCAUGUUCCUUUGUCUUGUUUGAGCUUUGUAGUUCUUCAUAUACAUAUACUCAUUCAAUGCACAGCAGCACAUAGCUGCUGUUAACAUGGAAAUUGUCUUCUCUUCAACUGGAGUUGAUGCUUUGAAUUAAAUUGUGUGCAUGCAGUACACAGAGACUUUAUCAGGAACUCUCAAUUAUUUCAUCGAUGAAAUAUAUGGUGUGCCUAUGCCGUGCCGCUUGCUUAAGAGAAAGAUAAAAGAACUCCGGAACCUGAUUGAUUUUGUAUCACCCCCCUUGUCGUUUCAUGUUUUGAUUGUGGUUCUUUCCAUGCAAUACCUGCAGCAGCCAAGGAAUCAUGUGUUCUAUUUUCAUCUUGUCUUUUAGUUGUAAUUGUUUAUUUGCUUACCCUUUUCAUUGUCAAUCUACAUGUUACCAAGGAAUUCAGUAAAUUUUGGAAUGGUGAAGGCGCAGAGUAAGCAAUGUUCAGCCUUUGGUGGUGCAAUUUUUCUGUGCAACCAUCUGACCAGGAAGGAGAGCUUUGACAAGAAAAUCUUUGGCCUCUCUCCUUCCUGUGCUGAUUUUGUAGAGAAAGUUAAAGCUGGCACAACUUUAUUCUUAUAUAAUAUUGAGCAAUGUAAGCUUCAUGGGGUUUUUGAAGCAACUUCAGAUGGAGCUGUGAACAUUAUUCCUGAUGCAUAUGUCUCAUCAGGAAAGCGGUAUCCUUCUCAGAUACGUUUCAAGAGGAUUUGGUUUUGCAAGCCUUUGAUGGAAGGUGAAUUUCGAGAUGUUGUCCAGAACUAUUCCAUAAGAAACAAGUUUAGUUAUAGUUUGUCACAUCAACAGGUUGCAAAGCUUCUUCACUUGUUUUCUUCACGGAACAGGUUGCAGCUUUGUCAGAAUCCAAGAUUAAAAGAUGAUCUCCCAAGGAAGCUUGAAACUUCUCUGGUUAAAGUAACUGAUGCGCAGUCCAGUCCAAACAGCAGUUCAUGUGGUUCAUUCAGAAGCCCCUGUCAAACAUGUUCCUCCUCCACUCUGGGUGACAAAUUGAUUGAUUCUGUGUCAUUAGUGCACAGUGGACUACAAUCAGACAUAUCUGAUGUGGACAAGUCCAAGAGCUCACAAUCUCCACUGCACACAAGAGCAGAUACGACCACUGUCAAGAUACCUAGCAACCAAGAAGCGAUGCAUGACCAAUCUACUGAUGACUAUAUACCACUUCCGCAGGAGGAAGAUAAUUUAGAAGGUGUUGAUGAUCUAUUUGGGUUACUAAAAGAUGAGAGCCACUCUUCUGAAUCUAAAGGUAGCAGUGACUCUGAAGACCAUACAACUUUCCACCAAGUUUGUGUUAGGAAGGAAGAUAGAUGCUAUCCUCCUGUUUUAAAUUCAAAGCUCCACUCUGACAGUGAAGGGCGAACAAGUGUGUUUUCUCGGUUAGUGAAAACACAUAAAAGUUGUAUCAGAGGAAAAAGGUCCAAGACCGAAGCAUUUCCACCAAGGAGUGCUCAGUCUUUCAAUCCCCUUUUUCAGAGGAAAAAACAGAAGAAAGCACAGCGUGGCAAGCCAUUUCCAUGUCAGAAUGAUAGAAUGCUGGUUAUGUCUUCAGGUAAUAGGCUGAACAGAGUUGCAGCAUCUAAUCACUCAUUUGUCGGGAGAAGAUCCACCAAGUGUCCUGGGGGGAAGCGGAGUGGAAUUCAGACGUGCCUAGAGCCAUUUGUUUGUGAGGAUGGAAAUAAAUGGGAUGUAUCUAACAAACAACCUGUCAGAUACGACAGUUGCAAAAAGUCAUUUGUUCCGAAACCUUGCUCAAAGUCGAUUGACUCAUGUGACAAUGAACUAAACAUGCCUGCAGUGUUUGCUGGAGAACAUGACAGCAGUGAGGUUAAUGUUAAAGAAGAUCUGAGAACCUCUUCCAUGAAUUUUAAGCAGUGUGCUAACGAUUCAUAUGUUGAAGGAGGGGAUCAGGAUUUUUACAGUGAGGAUGUUGAGGCAAUAGGAAGGAAGAAGAGGCAAGCAACAGCAUCCUUCCAUCAAGAAUGUCCAAGUGACACUGCAUUGGUUCCUAAAGACACCAACACUUUGGAUAUGCUUGCAAUAUCUGAUGAAAACUUUAAAGAGAAGAGCAUUGCUUUUUUAUGUAAGGAUGAUGCACAUACUCAGUUAGCUAGACACUAUCUUGAAACCAAGGUGCCCCCGCAAGAUGAACAACAACAAAGCUUUCAAGGCUCCUUUGAAUACGUUCAAGAAAUCACAUGUGAUUCAUCAUUGAUGCUUGAAAGUUCUAAAACCAUGGACGCGUUGGGCAACCACAGUUUUGGGGAUAGGAAGACUUCGUCGGAAGACGAAACGCAGAGCCAUGUGGCUGCUGGUCAUUUGGAAAAUGAAACAUCCCUCCAACAGAAAGAAACCCAAAGCAUCAGGAGCUGCCACCGAGUGGUUAAUGGUGAUAAAAUAUUGGUCCUGGGAAAAUUUGAAACCAUGGAUAUCUUGCCAAAACAUGAUGAAGAUUGUGAAAACAAGAGUUUGCCUUCUGAUGGGAGUGAUAUACCUGUUACCUCUUGUCAUCUGGAAGCUGGAAUGCCCAUGCCACAGAAACAAACUGCAAAUAUUCAGACCUGUUCUGAAGUAGUUCAUGAUGAUGAAGAGUUGGUUCCAGAAAUAUCUAAAGUGAUGUCUCCUAAGUUCGAUGCAGACUGUGGAAACAAGGGUACAAGUUUGGGUUCUGAUUAUAUGGAAGAGGUAUGCCAUCUUGUUAAAAGCUCUCAAGCAAUAGUCCCUAGUGAUGCUGCAACAGUUCUUGAGGACUGUGGGCCUCUUAGCAACUUCCCAGCAUUCCAUGGAGACAGUGCAAAAAAGACUAUCUUAUUGGAUGAAACUUUGGAGCAUCUGUCUACUGGUCAUCAAGAUACUGUUAUGCUCCCUCUCAUCGAUCAUUGCCGCAGCUGCUGUGGUGAUACUUCAUCUGUUCUGGAAUAUUCCACUGUGGACACAAGUACCGGGGAUGGAGAUGGUGAACAUAAGAACUCUUUUGAUCAGAAAGAUGAUGAAACUCUAUGUUUGGCGACUGAUUCUAAAGAUCAUACAAGCACUGCCAACACCUCCACAUCUGACGGAAUUCCCAGUUGCACACCUACUGAUGAUCAGGAAUGCAGAAAAGCCGUGCUGCUUAAAGAGGAGCAAUACCAAAAUUUCCAAGGCAACUCCAAUUCCUUGGACUCCUUUGCGGUCUCAUGUGAAGGCUGUGGAAGCAAGAGUGGGGUAUCAGUUGAUAGGACAUCUGGUUGCUGAUCUUCUGGAAUGAACUUGGAGUCCAGAACAAGUUUCAUCAAUGACCUUCAAAUGGAUCUGCCGAGACUUUUGGUACCUCUGGACUGGGUAGUGAGGAUGCGGAUCACAACACCAAUGGUUCGGGAGCCUACGUGGAGCCGCCCAUACUUCAGCACGAUCCUGGUGAAGCGAUGGAACAACUGUGAGGGUCGCUCUGCAGAGCAGCUUGAGAGGAGUUUAUCCACCAGAGCAUUGGAAUUACGCAGUGAACUGCCCUAUGUUGUUAGAAGGUUAUUAUGGAGAUCUCGUUAUUAUGUCAUUUGUCUGUUAGAGUGUUUAUAAUCCUUAGCAAAGCGUAAAUUCGAACUACCGGACGUUGUAGGAAGUAUAGUGAACCUGGUUUGGUGUUGUAGGUGUUGUUUACUAUUCUGGACCUAUGUUUGUACUGCAGACGGUGAAAACCGAGUUAUCUCGUAAUUGCUAGAUGCCUAGAUGUGUAUCUCGUAAGCAACUCUGC